UCGAUAGAUGUUUUCGCUGGUCUAUCGCGUGUAACAAUCGGAAACAUGCAGCCGCGUUAAAAUAGUGAAAAAAUAAGUAAAAAAACACACAGGAUCGGUGCGGAUAAUAGGAAUAUAUAUACAAAAUUAAAUGUUUCGCGCUAUCGCCCAGCCAGCGAAGAAGCAGCAGCAGCACCAGCAGCCGCUCCUCAACUGAGAGCGUGGAAACCCCAGCGCUGGCUACCACCUCCUCCGAUUGCUCCCCCUCUGACUGCUGCCCCUCCUCAUUCUCCACCAGCUGCAGCUAAUCCGUUGUUCCUAUAAUGACGGACGAAGGGGAACAGCAGGAGGCGCUUGUCAAGCGGGCCGAGGACGAGCGCGAGGAGAUCUUCAGGCGCUACGAACUGGGCCUGGAUCCCAGCAACGUGGUGGACUCCUGGGAGAAUCCCACAUUCGAGAUCUAUCACAUAACCGACAAAUAUGGAUUCAUGCACGACUCUCGCCUGCCGACAACGCGCAACGCCCAGGAGCUCCACCGUAACAACAUCGAGGCGGAACGCGACAAGAAGUGGCUGAAGAUGCUCGGCCACUGGCCACCGCCCGCGGACAAACUGCACAAGCGUGUCUACAAGGGCAUACCGGAUCGCGUGCGCUGGCAAGCGUGGAAACGUCUGCUCAAUGUCGAGCACUCGAUCGCCAGCAAUGCUGGCGUCUAUGCCCGCAUGCUGCAGCUGGCGAGAAAGUAUUCAACGGAGGCGCGCCAGAUCGAUGCGGAUGUAAACCGACAGUUUCGCGACAAUCUUGCCUACCGGGAGCGCUACUGCACCAAGCAGGUGUCUCUCUUCAAUGUGCUCAAUGCCUACAGUAUCUACAACUCGGAGCUGGGCUACUGCCAGGGUAUGGCUUGUGUGGCCGGCGUUCUGCUGCUCUACAUGGUCGAGGAGGAGGAGGCCUUCUGGGCCCUGAACACCCUGAUCACAGAUCCCAAGUACGGCAUGCAUGGCCUGUUCAUCGAGGGAUUUCCCAAGCUGACGCGCUUUAUUGCCCACCACGACCGCAUCAUGUCCAAGAUAAUGCGCAAGUUACACAAGCACUUUACCAAACACAACGUUGACGCCCUGCUCUACGCCAUCAAGUGGUUCUUUGUCGUCUUUGUGGAGCGCGUCCCGUUCAGUUUGAGCCUGCGCGUCUGGGAUAUUUUCAUGCUGGACGGCGAUCGCGUCAUACUGUCCAUGGCCAUUACCAUUCUCUAUCUGCACAAGGAUGAACUGAUCCGCCUGAAGGACAUGGACGCCAUCAUUGAGUACUUGCAGGUGAAGCUGCACAAGAAUUUUGGCUACAACGACGACGAUGCCAUUCAGGCCUUGGAGCGUGUAAUGAAGAAGCUGAAGGACCUGAAGUUGGACGCGCUGCCGCCAGCCAAGUCAAACGAGUUCCCCUCCCGCAAGCUGGGCGACUUUGUCGAGGCGGAUAUGGAGAAGAAGAUUGGCCGCAGACGCAACGAUUAUACAGACAACGAGAAGCAAGUCAUAACAGAUGUGAUAUCAAGGCAAGAACAGAACGCGAUUGAGGUACAAUCGACGGUGUCCUACGAGACUUCAGAGUGCGCCACGGGUGACGGAUACUCAAUGAAAACCUUUCAGAGUAUCACUAGCUUAGCCACCUCGCCGGCGAACAGUAGCUACUCGCUGUAUAGCAACGGAUUUGUGGUGACCACUCCCGAGAGUGCCCAAGACCCCGCUCGCAGCCAGAGUAGCCACAAUCUCAGUUAUCUUGCCCAGCAGCAGCAGCAGCCAACGCAUCCAGCCGCAGCAGCCGGUCUGCCCAAUGGGCACCACAUGCGGCAUAGCUUCAGCAGCGAUAGCGAUAGUCGCAAUCGCCUCGAUCUGGAUCAGGCUCUGGAGGUGCUCCAGCGCCAGCAGGUGUACAUGCACUCGUCGAAGACCUCCAACAGCCAAAGGGUUUACAUCAUCCAAAAUGGAGGUGGCGGCACGCACAUAACAAACAAGGACGACGACGACGAUGAUGCGCUGAGCGUGGAGAAUACGCGCCUCUAAUUUUAGUUGAUUCGUAAUCUUUGUUUAUGUAGUUAAUGUUUUUCUCCCUUUUGGUUUAUAAAACGCAUAUGCCAAUAACGAUUGUCCUUUCCCCAGGAACCCUCGAACAUUCGCUAGUGUAUUAUCUCCACGUACUUAGCUUUAAUUUUUGUAUUUUUCUCAAAUCGACAGGAAAUUGAAAAUUGUUAUUUGCUAGCAUUUAUCGAUGUUUUUGUAUCUAGAUCUUGUUUUCCAACAUUAUUCUUGUCCUGUUACUCUUACUCUCUGAUAUUACCUAACCGAUAGAGAGUUUGUAUUCCAAAAGAAAACCUGAUAACUCCUAAGACUCCAACGAUUCCGUACAACGAUUAAUAAUUUAUUGUAACCGCUUAACUUUCCACACUUUAUUACCUACUUACUACCCCGUAAUACUUGUGUACUUUAAGCUACUUGCAUUUACUUUAUUGUUGCUUUAAAAAACAAAGAAAAGAAACUCAACUUUAGUUUAUAUUAAAGCCAAAUUGAAAUGGUAGUUUGUAAACCUUGAUUAGCCAAUAAUUUAUAUGAUUAUAAAUAUAUAUAAUAUAUACUUAGCAAAAGUAACACACAAAUAAAUAUGAUUUUGUACUGAAAAUGGAAUGAGCCAACUAGAAUGUUUAUGAUAUAUUUUAUUACAAGCAGAACCACGCGCUUCGCUGCUUACAAAAAUAAUUUGCAAUUUAUAUUAAAUGUUUUAAAUUUUACGGGUUUUCAAUAUAAAUAACCUUCGACUGAAUAUUUGUCUAUAUUCCGAGUAGAAAAUAGGAAUUUAUUUUCCAUUUUAUAAUAUAUAUUCUUUUUUAGUCAAAAUUUCGUUAGUAUAGCACUGCCAGAGAGAUCUUUCCAGGCUCUCUCUAGCUCAAAUUCCACUCGAUUUGCACCUCACAAACAACAACAAAAAAACAAACACAGCAACACUAACACUGCUAACCAAAAUUUUUACACAAUCACAAACCAAAAAUAAACUAAAUGCAAUUUAUUCCAACAACCAACAACUCUUUUCCAACGCACAUUGGCAACGACAACGAACUGGGAUUGGUACUGACGAUCACGACGCGUUCGCUAAACAAAUUGAAAAUCGCUCAAAAAUCUC